AUGGGCAAGGUUUGCGCCAUUUUUGGAGGAUCCCGAGGAAUAGGAAAAGCUGUUGCAGAAUUACUGGCACAGAAAGGCUGCCGCCUGGCGAUUAUUGCUAGAAAUCUGGAAGUAGCCCAAACUACUGCACGUAAUCUUGGUGCAGGACAUCUGGCACUUAGCUGUGAUGUAUCCAGCGAACAAGAAGUCCAAAAUACUUUUGAGGAGAUGCAGAGGAAUUUAGGUCCUAUUAACUACUUGGUUAAUGCAGCUGGGAUCAACAGGGAUGGUUUGUUACUGAGAACCAAGACUGAAGAUAUGAUAGCCCAGAUUCACACUAACCUUUUGGGAACAAUGUUGACAUGCAAAGCUGCUGUAAAAAGUAUGAUUCAACAACAGGGAGGUGCUAUUGUUAAUAUAGGAAGUAUCGUAGGACUUAAAGGCAACACUGGUCAAAGUAUAUACAGUGCUACCAAAGCAGGAUUAGUUGGAUUUUCACGCUCUCUUGCUAAAGAAGUAGCAAAAAAGCAAAUUCGAGUCAACGUGGUUGCUCCAGGCUUUGUUCACACAGAGAUGACUGCUCAUUUGGAUGAAGAUCAGUUGAAGAAAGCAAUUCUCCUUGGAAGAUUUGGAGAGCCUCGUGAAGUUGCACAAGCUGUUGUCUUUCUUCUAGAGUCCCCUUAUGUUACAGGGAGUACUCUAGUUGUAGAUGGAGGAUUGCAGCUUCUGACUUAAAUACUACCUUGAAUAAGUACCUACUUUAAUGUCAUGAUGGUAAUACAUAAAUAUAUACUAAUUAAAGAGAGAGGGGUGGAAAUCAGUUGAAGAUUGAUCUAUGUAAUUGACUUGAUAUUAUUUAGUCAGAGGAGGAAUGCAGCAGCAGUAAAGUCCAGCGUGUAUGUUUAGCUACCUGAAAGAGUCCAUUUGGUAUUAUGAAGUCUGUGUAUGUAACAAUUUGAAAAAGAGCUGGUUUUGGUACAGUCAUUGUUUUAAAUAACAUGCUGAUACAUUUUUAAAGCACUAUAUUUUUAUAAAGUCAUGUUUUCCAAUUUGGGAGAGAGUGGACAUUUUAUUCGAAUUAUUGUGUUACACAAAGAUUCAUAAAGUGCGGAGGCAUGUUUAUCAGUUGGCAGGUAUGAUUGCAUCAAGUUUUUCAUGUAGGGCGAAGAUUGCGAACUGCAUAAUUUUUUAUUCUUAUCAGUUAGUCCCUACAAAGUGGCAAGGAGUUUCCUUUGGUUUUUGUUUGUUUGUAGCUAACACUACAAAGCCAGGAGCUUCUAGACUUUCAGCAUACCUGAAUUGCCUUUAGGAGAUUUAAUUAUAUGCAGUGUGUUUUUCUAAAGGCAAAACCUGCUCAGUUCCAUUCUUGAAUGUCUGUACAGCACUCAUGUAAUCCAGUAGCACUUGCAUGUGUACAUUGAAGGACUGUUGAUGGGUCACUGGAGUUGCUAACUCUGUAAUAUUCUGAGUUUGAGCUGCACAUAUGCUGGUGAACAGUACAGUUGCAGACCUUGCCCAUAAAAGACUUUUCGCUGACUCAGUAGCUAUUUAAAAAACACGUAUCUCUUCCAGAGUGUGAAGUCAAGGUGGUUUGCUCUGUAUCUUCUUGAAUGCUCAGUUCAACUGUUACGUUGAUGCUCUUUAAUAUGUAUGUAUAGUCAAUAAAAUAGCCAUUUAUUUUAA